AUGUCCAGCCUUGCCAAGACCUGCCCCUAUUCUUCACCAAUGAACGGGCAAAUUUACAAGCGGCAUAAGCGUUUCACAAUGGCCGAGGCGGAUAGUGACAGCUUGCGAAUGACAUGUUGUUGACAAAACACUGAAGAUCUGCUAAAUGCAACGUUGGUACCCAAACGAGAAAGUCUUUUCUUCGAUCCUACUAAAAACAGGUGGUUUGUUAGUAAAAGUCGCUGGGAGUGAAGCUACCGGCUACAGCUAACUUACAGAUAUUGGGAAGGAAUCUGCUUAUCGGAAUUUGCCGACGAUAACGCAAGACCUUUCUGGACCGGAAUAUGAACCAUGGCAACCGCAUCACUCGGGAAAGAGCCCGAGCGCACUUUUCAUCAUUUGCGUUCAUCUGCCCUUUUUGGAGAAUAUUUAAUCGGGUAGUUUUUAUGUGGUUUACAGCAUUGCACGGCCUUUUAUUAGUUAUUGAGCUGUUUUUGUAAGCAAUUGUUUGUCGUGCAUCUCACUCGGGAUAUGGAUAUUUGGACUUGGUUGCGUUAAAGGGACCCGCUGCCUGCCUGUCCAUCAUUAUGGAUCAAGAUGAUAACCAAGAACCAUGCGAACCCCCUAUGCAUGCCCUUUACGGGCCUAACCGGAUACGGCCGUCAUCGUACCGGGCUCUGCGAAGUGCCGUGUCCAGCCUGGCACGAAUUGACGAUUUUUUCUGUGAAAAAAUCGGUUCCGGGUUUUUCUCAGAAGUCUUCAAGGUGCAGCACAGAAUCACAGGGCAGGUGAUGGCUCUGAAGAUGAAUACACUGGCCAGUAACAAAGCCAACAUGCUAAGAGAGGUGCAACUCAUGAACCGCCUUUGCCACCCUAACAUCCUCAGGUUUUUGGGGGUGUGUGUUCAUGAAGGACAGCUUCAUGCUCUAACGGAGUACAUAAAUGGGGGCAACCUUGAGCAGCUGCUGGACAGUGACAUAUAUCUGUCAUGGAGCGUGAGAAUAGGUCUGUCUCUGGACAUUGCAAGAGGGCUGCAGUAUCUACACAGCAAGGGCAUUUUCCACCGAGAUCUUACAUCAAAGGUACAGACACAGUUAUAUAUGGUUUAUUGUGCCAGCAGCUAUGUCUAUUCAUUUUGUGCUUGCUGCACGCUGGUGUUAAAAGCACCUUAUUUUAGUGAUGGAGUUGAAAAGCAGCCGUUGGCUGUUGUGGGCUCCCCCUACUGGAUGGCUCCAGAAAUGUUAAGAGGAGAGCUGUACAAUGAGAAGGUGGAUGUUUUUUCAUAUGGAAUAAUCCUUUGUGAGAUUAUUGCUCGAAUUGAGGCUGACCCAGAUAUCCUCCCACGAACAGAGGAUUUUGGACUGGAUGUGGACACCUUUGAGCAAAUGGUGGGAGACUGUCCACCUUCAUUCCUUCACCUGGCUGUUAGUUGCUGCAGUAUGAGUGCAGAAAGUCGUUCUGCCUUCUCUGAAAUAGUACUGACACUUGAGAGGAUAGAGAGAGAGAGGAAGAUGAGUGAAGCUCCAGUCAUCCUUGAACCCAUUGCCAUUGACGUCAGCCCGUAUAGGAGGAGAAGCUCACCAUGCCAUCCUGGUGACCAGCGCCUGUCCCGUAGUCAGUCAGACGUAUUGCCUCCUGCCACAUCACCAUGUUUAGGCACACCUGCACGGGUCAACCCAUUCUCUCUUCGCCAAGACCUCAACGGUGGUCGUAUCAAGCUAUUCGACACCCCUAGCAAAUCUGUCAUCUCUCUUACCUUUACCCUUCCACCACCUCCAGACCCCUGUGCCUCCCCACCACUAAACAGGAGCCCGGGGCUCCGAGGACCCCCUCGAAGGUGUCGCUCCCUGCCGUGCACCCCCGAGCUGGGGCGACAGCUACCCUCCAGAGACCAAGAGGGCCAGGAAGAGGAGGAGGGGACUGAAGAACUGAGAGAUGGAAUGAAAGAGAAAGAGGUGGAAGGACGGCAAGACGUGGUGGAGGGCUCAGGCCUGAUUCUGGACUUAGAUAUGGUGUCUUUAGAACGGUUAGAAGAGGAAGAGGAAGAUGACGAUGUGGAGAAAGAGGGCCUGAGCCUCACAGAGCCCAUGGACUGUAGUAGCUCGCCUGACACGGCAGAAGGAAAUGUGUCAGGGAAGCGGCUCAUCAGCGGUUCUUCUUAUUCCUCGUCCUUGCAGUCUAAUGGUUGGGCUACACCCAUCUCUAACGGACCACCAUUAUUACCUCCCCUUCCCCGUUUGGACAAUAACAAUGGACUGCUGAGGCCUGGGCGGCCAAUGGCAUGGGCAAGACUGAAUGGAUACCGAGGCCCCGCCCCGGAGCCUUUACCUCCCACUAACGAACAAGACGAUGUCAUUUCUUGUCCAGCCUGCUGUCUGGCUGGGUUCAGCUUCCCUUCCAUGUGCCUACGUGGAGCUCCUCCGUCGCGCCGUGGACCUCCGCGACGACCGUACAGGAACUUCAAUGGAGGGGAAGCAUCUGCAGCCACAGCAAAGGGACUGCUCUGUCGGGGAGCAACGGGUCUGGCUCCAUCCACAACAACUUGUGAGCCAGGGUUACCCCUACCAGAGGCCCAAACCUAAAGAUGACCACUGCGACAUCACAGAAACUGCAAUGCCACACAGUCAGGACGCAUCUCUGAUAUCAGUAUGGUUAUCUUACUGGAUGCAGUGCGGGUUGAAACAUGGAAUUAAAGGGAUUUUUCACCCAAAAAUAAAAAUUCUGUCACUUACUCAACCUGAUG